AUGAAAUCCGAACCUGGGGUUAAGAAAGAUCUCUACAAGACGGAGGUCAAUGACGAGACUAAGGGACAUCAAGAUGAGGUAACUUCGGAUAAAAAUAGCAUACAGUUUCGUAUUUUUGUAGGUUCAUACGAGCACAACCUUCUUUGUUUGUCCCUAAUUAUGGAUCCUAGCUAUAAAAAGGAAGCUAUUUUUCAACCGAUUUUUCACUUUCAAGCCCAUUCCUUAUCUAUUAGGUCCAUUGAUGUUGCCAAGAGGUACUUGGUCACUGGAUCAAAUGACGAGCAUAUAAGGAUCUAUGAUUUGCAAAAGCGAAAGGAAUUAGGUGCACUUUUAAGCCACCAAGGAUCCAUCACAAUUCUUAGAUUUUCAAGAGAAGGUAAUGAUGAAAAUUCUUUGGAGGGCACAGGUAAAUGGUUGUUGUCAGGUUCAGAAGAUGGUAAGAUAAUAAUAUGGAGAAGAAAAGAUUGGGAAACAUUCGGCAUCUUAAAGGGCCAUCAAGGAAGGGUGAAUGACUUAGAUAUUCACCCAUCAGGUAGAGUUUGUGUAUCAGUAGGUCAAGAUCAUACUAUUAGGUUAUGGAAUUUAAUGACCGCUAAAAAGGCUGCUGCAAUAAAAGUUAAAGGGAAAGAUCACCUAGGGAAAUCGUUAGAGUUUGUUAGGUGGACUUUAGAUGGUAAUUUCUUUAUAGUUGGUUUGAAAGAUCAAUUGUGGGUUUAUGAAACUAAAAGUGCAAAAAUUUUCAAAAAGAUCUUAAUCAAGUCGCUGUUAAUGUGUAUGAAAGUUUUUAAAGUUGAGGAUUAUGAAUGGCUCGUUACAGGUCAUAGUGACGGUCAAAUUCAUUUCACUAAUUUGCACUCUGUUACUGAGGGCGAAGCUGAUGUUGACAAUUCGAGGCAUUUCGAACCGACGUAUUCUUUGAGGGGCCAUAUUAAUAGGGUGAAAGAUCUCACUUUAUAUCGUCACCAGGUAAAAGAUGUUGAAUAUCCUCUCUUAAUAUCUGUAUCUUCUGAUGGAAGAAUAGUCGUCUGGAAUAUUGCGAACGAAGUUAGAGAUCAAGUUGCAGUUUACGAUAGUGGUGAAAGAUUGAAUUGUGUGGCUGCUUGCCCAGAAAGCAUUGAAAAAUCUUCAACGAUGAAAAGACACUUUACAGAUGUAGGAGCAUUUAGUGAAUCAGAAUAUGAAACAGACGCUGAAGAGAUUCAAAGGGCUCCUAAAUCUAAAAAAAAAGGAAAUAAAGGGAAAAAAAAGGUGAAAGUAACAUUAGAGUGA